GUCACACACUCAGAGGGACUCGGCUCUCCUUUUGAAGACUGCACAUCUCCAGCUUUCUUUUGCUCAGUCAGCGGACAAAUUCACCAUGGCAUCAAUGAGGAAGGCAAAUUCAGUCAUAAGUACUAGCAGCACCAGAAGGUCCUAUGCUAUGCCAGUCAGCUCUGUCUCCAGAACCAGCUAUGGCUUUGGCAGUGGACCCAGCUAUUCUGGUGGUAUGGGUAUGGGUAUGGGUAUGGGUAUGAAUUCCGUAAGGUCAAGUGGUUUUAGUUUGUCUUCUAGCCAAGGAAUGGGUAACUUCGCAGCACCAAUCACAGCUGUGCAAGUCAACCAGAGCCUGUUGGCCCCCCUCAACCUGGAGAUUGACCCCAGCAUCCAGGCUGUCCGCACCCAGGAGAAGGAACAGAUCAAGUCCCUCAACAACCGUUUUGCUUCCUUCAUCGACAAGGUCCGUUUCCUGGAGCAGCAGAAUAAGAUGCUGGAGACCAAAUGGAAGCUCCUGCAGGAACAGACCACCAGUCGCUCUAACAUCGAUGGCAUGUUUGAGGCCUACAUUGCCAACCUGCGCAGACAGCUUGAUGGGCUCGGCAACGAGAAGAUCAAGCUGGACGGAGAGCUGAAGAAUAUGCAGGGCCUGGUCGAGGACUUCAAGAAGAAGUAUGAGGAUGAAAUCAACAAACGUGCAGCUGCUGAGAAUGAGUUUGUGCUCUUGAAGAAGGAUGUUGAUGCUGCUUACAUGAACAAAGUAGAGCUGGAGGCUAAAGUUGAUGCUCUUCAGGAUGAAAUCAACUUCCUCAGGGCUGUCUAUGAGGCUGAGCUUCGUGAGCUGCAGUCCCAGAUCAAAGACACCUCUGUCAUUGUGGAGAUGGACAACAGCCGUAACCUUGACAUGGAUGCUAUUGUGGCUGAGGUGCGUGCUCAGUAUGAGGACAUUGCCAACCGCAGCAAGGCUGAAGCUGAGACCUGGUACAAACAGAAGUAUGAGGAGAUGCAGACCUCUGCUGGACAGUAUGGUGAAGACCUGCGCUCAACAAAGGUUGAGAUUGCUGACCUGAACCGCAUGAUUUCCCGUCUUCAGAAUGAGAUUGAAGCCAUCAAGGGACAGAGGGCCAACCUUGAGGCUCAGAUUGCAGAAGCUGAGGAGCGUGGUGAGCUGGCGGUCAAGGAUGCCAAACUUCGCAUCAGGGACCUGGAGGAAGCUCUGCAGAGAGCCAAGCAGGACAUGGCCCGCCAAGUGCGUGAAUACCAGGAGCUGAUGAACGUCAAGCUUGCCCUGGACAUUGAAAUUGCCACCUACAGAAAACUGCUGGAGGGAGAGGAGAUCAGACUGGCCAGCGGAGGAUCCACUGCCACCGUCCAUGUGCAGCAGAGCUCAGGAGGUGGUGGAAUGUCCAGCUCCAGCGGUGGAUUUGGUUAUGGAAGUGGCUACGGUGUUGGUGGUGGCACAAUCACCAAGUCCACAGUCUCAACAUCCAGCUCCAGGAGAAUCUUUUAAAGCCUGUUCAAAGGAGAGCCGCCCCUCUUUCCCUUCAGAAACUCUUCAAUUUAAUUUAGUCUAAAUCUGUACCCUCUCAUGGUGCUAUGCAUUACUGUCAAACAUGUUGAACAAGAUAGCUGAACAUACCAAAAAUCAGAGAUUCUUUACCUUCUGUUCAACUCCAAACUCUAAAAUGAGUUUCUGAAGGUUAAGGUCAGUUAGCAUGGCAGUUUUCUUAUCUUUCUGCACUGACAUCCAACAAAUAAGGAAAAAGAAAUUCAAGGUUUAUGUGAAGUGUUACAACUAAGCAAGGAAAGUAUUUGAGGAUCAGUCAGCAUUUUGCACUGUAGUCUGCUCUGAAAGAUCCCGAAGCUCAAGUGUUCCCAAUUUCUACAUUUGAGUGUUGGUCUAAUUAAGAGGAGCAUGUCACUUACUAAAUCUGAUCACUAGAUAAUUACAAGAUUGAGAAAUUGUGUGAAUUUACAUGUUUACAGUUAAACACUGAGCCAAUUGGUUACUGGUUCACUUGUUUUUUUUUUUUUUUGUUUUUUUUUUAAUUUUGUUUUGUCUGCUUUCCUGCUUAGUUGUGCCUCCCACUGCCUUAAAGUCAAAACUAUGCUGAAACCAGAUUUAUUUUAUCAACGUCUUCUCAGCAAUAUGAUGAAUGUUGCAGCAAAUUGUUUGAAAUAAAUCUGAGAAAAAAGUG